CCUGUUUAAUGUUUAUAUUCCAAGAUUUAUCUCAAAUUCCAAUAGUGUUUAUUAAACUGAAUGACGGAAAACAUACCGGCGAUCAGAGUGUUUGAAAGUAUAUUUUGAAUCGAUUCUUUGUAAAAUGGACGACAUCCGAGUACCAAUAACCGUCUUCUCCUAUCUACCUCACAGUGUUGUAGCCACUCCAAAUGGCGGUUUCAUUUAUGUUGGAGGUGCUGGUGGCUUAAAAAUUGGCUACAUUGGCAAUGUGGAGUCCAGUAAACCUGUCAUUGACCACUUCAAUGCAUUCUCGACACAAACAAUUCGAGCUAUCGACUGUGAUCCAGACUGGAGUGAACAUCAACAAUUUGCAGUCUUAACCAGCAACAAUCUGGUGCACAUUUGGGAUGUGAACAAGAAAGAACCCGUGUGCGGACAUCGAGCUCUCGAAAAACCUGCAGCAUCACAGUCGUUGGCUGGGGCUAUGUGCUAUUUGAAAACGAAAAAAGUAAUGGCAGUGGACAGUGACCGAUGUGUGAUUUACUGUGCGUCAUCGAAUACAUUCUCUUUGUCUACGGGCGGUGCUUUGUUGAAGAAUAACACCAUAACCUUGUUGAAGGCUUGUCCGUUCGACAGUACGAUCGUUGCGGCUGGAACGAAAAAUGGUCUGGUCCUAAUUUCUAAGGUUUCGGAUUUAUCCAUUUUGCAUAAGCUAAGAGGUCAUGACACUGAGAUUACGUCGAUUGACUGGAUUCAACUAACAAACAUCGCAUCAACACCGGCCUCCAGAACCAAGAAGGUGGCGAAAUCACGAAGAAAACAAGUACCGAUUGUAGACAGCGGCGAUAUGUUCGACAUUUACUCGUUCGACUAUUUGGAAAAUGAGUUCGGCACAUUGUCAAAUGUCAAUCCGAUUCAAGAAGAGUCACGGCUUAAUGUGAGCACUCAACAAAACGAAGACUUUGAUUUUGUUGAGGCCUGCCAGAGCCUGAAAGAAGACAUUUUGCGUCCAACUAAGCCGGAGGACGAUGAAAACGAAGUUCAGCAAUCGGAAAUUCCAGAGUUCGACGCAAGCGGAAGUGAUUGCAGUAAUUCCCGUAGCGAAGAAUAUGUGGAAGUCAAUGACUCCCUGCGACAGCUUGAUUUGGCGGACAUAGAUGACCAUCCGCCAAGAAUUCAAACUGAAGUCGAUUCGAUUCUCUCUGUUGUAACGGCAUCGCGGGAACCUUUUAUGUGGAUUUGGAAUUUAAAUACUGGUGCGGCGUUGGAGAAAAUUCCAUUUAAAUCUUCCCAAAAAGCGUCCGAAGUGAAAUUUCAAGGCUUAACGGCUAGAUGGGUGGACGAAAAAACUCUGAUAACAAAUUCACCGAAUGGUGAUCUGAUCAAAUACACAGUCGCUUUGACCGAUAAUAAGUUGACCUACACAACCCUCAAAGACACCUUCAAGGAGAAAUUAAUUUUCAAUUUUGCCCUCGAUCGUACGAACAAACAUCUGUGGGCGGUGAGUCUGAAACGGUCCAUCGUGUGUACUGAUCUACAAGAUUUGGAUAAAACAUUGAUGUGGAACUCCACACUGGCAGAGAAACUGUAUACCAUUCAAGAGAGUCCUCACGAUAUGAACAAAAUAGCCGUUGCCGGUAAGACCAGAUCCAUUUACAUUCUUGAUGCGUCGGCCUUCAGUCCGCACAACAUGAAAACAGUGGUUUACGCCAAUCGUAUCAAGGCGAAAGUUAUUUGUAUCGCUUGGCAUCCGGCCUUCGAAAAUCUAUUGGCAUUCAGUACGUCCGAGGGACGGGUUGGUGUACUCGACGUAAAUAAAGUGACGAAUUUCCCCAUUAUAAUGAAACCAUUCACCAGCGAAGAGGUCUAUAAAAUAACGUGGGGACUUAUCACCGAAAAAUCAAAUGCCACUCCGCAUUGGGCUCUAUUUGCGUCCAGCAAAACGAAGUUAGUUUAUUUUCCAGAUAAGGACAAAGUUGUUAAGUACCUGUGUGAGGACAAACAAAUCAGUACGGUCGUUGCCGGUAAAAAGUGGCUAUGUGUUGGUUCACAAGACGGUUCCGUUUACAUUUUGAAACUGAAUGGAUUAGAGAUAACUUGUUCCAGUAACGUGUCCAACCGAUACGUCAGUGAUUGUGCGUGGAAUCCGAACAAUGAGAACAUUUUAGCUGUCAGUGCUGACACCCCUGACAUUCAUUUAUUUGAUUGUUCAGACGCUGACAAUGGAGCAAUGAAUCCAAUCGGUGUGUUAAAGGGUCACUGUAAGGGAGGUGUUCCAUUGGUAAAGUGGAGCAACGAAGACGAACACAAGCUAUUGUCGACGGGUUUCGAUGGUACCGUUCGAGUUUGGAAUACGAAAACUUUGGAAUGUGUCUCUCUGUUCCAGUCGCGUGGUCCCACAUUUUGCGCUUCGUUUUGGCCUAAAGAUGAGAAUUUCGUCAUUUGUAGCGGUUACAAUGAGUCAUUGUUCAUGUUUGAUACGCGCAAUCGUAUGGAUGAAUGGAUUGCUAAGCCAGUUAAGGAUAAACCUGACGAUCUAAAGUGGGCUGUAGCCGAAUUAACCGAUUCACAACAACUUCUGUCGCUGGAAAAGAAACUGAAUCGAAAAGUGGCUAGAAAAGUACGCCGUAGUGAAGUGGCGAAACUCGCUGAUGGUCUACAGAAUGUCGAAUUGGAUAGUCCACCAAUCGAUACGGUUAAACGCGAGCCCAUCAUAAAUCUGGAACUUAAUCGCACCACCGUACUGUACCUUUCCAACAAAGAGUUCAACAAAAGUGGAAUCGAAAUUUUAAAUGAACUGCUGCUUGAGCCGGAUGAUCCGACGUACGGUUCACUACAUCGCCUUUUAUUUUCGGGCAAAGAGGAGGCCAGACAGUUGUUGGAGAUUGAAUUGCAAAAUCACAAGGACUCCACAACGGAUUCAAUUGGUCAUGUGUUCAUACCACAGCUAAACGUUAGCCUGGAAACGGAAAUCAAUGAAAUGAUUGCGUCGAAGAGACUCACGUCACAACACGUUUCAUUGGCACCAAUGAUUUCCUUCUCUUUUUGGAAGAAAUGCUGCAAAGCCUUAGCCGAUCAGUACGUGGAAAAAAGUUGUAUCCUGCUGGCCAUUCCAUAUUUGUUGGCUAUUCAUGAGAUAAACGAUGCAAUCAAGCGGCUGAUUGAAGGAAAUUACUAUCGAGAAGCGUGGAUUGUAGCCAAAGUUCACAAGGAAUCGGAAGAUCAACAAUUUUUUGACAUUGCUAGUGCGUGGGCAACAUUUUUGGAAGAGCAUGGAAAUCUGGAUGGAGCCGCUUUGGUGUCCUAUUCAGCAGGAAAGUAUGAAACGGCAGCUGCAUUUUUGUCUAAGAAAAGAACUAAAACUGAAGAAGUUGAGAAGAUGAUUGAAAUGUUGAAUAAACGAAUCUGAAGAUUUUUACAAUAA